UUUUGAAGCGGUAUUUGUUCGAAUUUGUCAGAGCAACAAAGAUGUCGAUAAUUAAGCUUUCCUAAAACAUUAGAAUCUGUUCAUGUCCGUAUCGUAAAUUGUUGAUAUUAAGAAACCGCAGAGAUGUCCGCGAAGAACGCCAACUCCAUCCAGGUGUGCAUCAAGGUGCGUCCCUGCGAGCCCGGGCUCACCUCCCUCUGGCAGGUGAAGGAGGGCUGCUCCAUUCACCUGGCUGACAGUGACGCGGAGCCCUGUGUCUUCGACUACGUCUUCGAUGAGAGCGCCAACAACCAGGAGGUGUUCGACCGGAUGGCCAAGCACAUCGUGCACGCCUGCAUGCAGGGCUUCAACGGAACUAUUUUUGCCUACGGCCAGACGUCGUCGGGAAAGACCUACACGAUGAUGGGCGACGGCCAGAACCCGGGCAUUAUGGUGCUGGCCGCCAAAGAGAUUUUCCAGCAUAUCUCUAAUGAGACAGAGCGCGACUUCCUGCUGCGCGUGGGCUACAUCGAGAUAUACAAUGAGAAGAUCUACGACCUACUGAAAAAAAACAACCAUGACCUGAAGAUCCACGAGUCCGGACACGGUAUUGUGAAAGUGAACUGUGAGGAGUGCAUCGUGACCAGCGAGGACGAACUUCUGAGCCUUCUCAGCAAGAAGAACAAGGAACUCACCGUGGGCGAGAGCAACGUGAACGAGCGAACCAGGCACUCGCACGCUAUCUUUCGGAUUAUUAUCGAGUCCCGGAAGUCUGAACACAGUGACGACGACACCGUAAUCCAGAGCGUGCUAAACCUAGUGGAUCUUGCUGGAUCGGAGCGGGAGAAUCAGACGGGUGCCCGAGGGUGCCAAAGCCUGCUUUUUCUCAGCAACGUGAUAAAGAGCUUGUCCGAGAACGCGGACAAGUUUAUUAGCUUCCGCGACUCCAAACUAACGCGCAUCCUGCAGGCUUCGCUUGGCGGCAAUGCCUUCACCUCGAUUAUCUGUACAAUUAAGCCCUCGAUCAUGGAGGAGUCUCGGUCCACCCUGAGCUUCGCCUUGCGCGCGAAGAAGAUUCGCAUUAAGCCGAAGGUGAACGAAAUAGUCUCCGACACGAUGAUGAAGCUGCUAGACCGUGAAAUUAAGGUGCAUAAGGACAAACUUGCUGAGGAGAAGCUAAAAAACGAGAGUCAAUUAAAGGUGCAGGAUCUGGAGCAACGUAUUAAGCGCGACAUGCUUAAAAUCAUUUCAAGCAACUCGCUAAACGAACAGCGCAUGCAAAAGCGGCGGCGGACUUGGACCUGUGGGAUAUCGGGCCCCGAGGCGGAGACUGCUGUAACUUUAUUGCCCACUUUGCCAGAGGAAUCUCGCCUGCCCCGGCCAUCGAAGAUGUCUAACCUACCGAAGCCAACGUUUUUAUCUAACUCUAACCAUUCAAGUCGACGGGAGAUUGCUCUUAAAACCAUCAGCCUCCAUCAAUCUGUGAAGGAGAAAUUAAUACCACCUGUUAGUAUGGACUUAAUACCUGCACUGCCGAAAUUGUUGGAAAAAGAAGCGGUGAGAAGUAUUCCCUCAGUAACCUGUGAGGUGCCCAAAAAGGAACAGAAGUCCUCCCAAAACUGCGAUGCCCUGCAGGCCGAGGUCUCUGCUCUUACUGCAUCCAACCAGGUAGCGAAUGAGAAGAUCGAGAAGUACGAGGAGCAGGUGAAGACGCUAAAGGAGACCAUCGAGCGGCUGGAGAUGGAUAAUCGUGAGGCGGUGAAUCUAGGGCUUCGCUUCGAGUCUCACAAGACCAAGUCCAAGCAGCUGGAGACCGAUCUGCUCUCGGCCCUCUCCGAAAGGGAUUCUACCAUCGAAAGCCUGCAGCAGUCCCUCAAGGAGCUGUCUCGGGAUGUGCUGCUCAACAGCAAGGAGGACCACCUGCGCUCGAUGUGCCCUGAAAUAGAGUCCAGCUGCGAGAGGAUCUGCAACAAGUGCCAGGAGUUGGAGCACCUCUUGCCCAUUGCGGACGCCACGGGACUGGAGACGAUUGCCUGCCAGUGUGAUCAGCUGCGCUCUGAGAUCGCUGCCACGCGAACCAAAUUGGAAAGCGUGCAGUCAGCUUUCAGCGAGGUCAGCUGCGAGGUAUCCCAAAAGACCACUGACUGCGAGCGUCUCUCCAGGCAGAUAUCCACCGCCCACGAUGACUUUGGACUGCUGCAGGCGAGGUACGACACCCUGGAGCACCAGUGGCAGGGUCAACAACUGGCCAUCGAGAAGAUGGAGGCUGAGUACAAUGCCAUUCAACAGAAGUACCAAAAGCUGCAGGAGGAGUACGAUAAUCUGGGUCUUAGGUCCGAUGAACAGUGCCAGCAACUGCAGGCUGACAACGCGAAACUGCAGGCAGAAAUUGUGACUCUAAAGACUAGAGUGGAGGAAGCCCAGCGCAAGCUGUUGGAAGCUCCGAAUCCGGAAUCUCUUGCCGAGGAGUUCAAGGCACAAAAUCAAGAGCUCAAGGCGCAACUCUCCGAUUUGCAGUCCAAGUUUAAAGAGAUCCAAAACGAAUACGACUGUCUCUCCAACCAACUAAUGGAAAGUGUCCAGGAGAACGACGCCCUCCGAGAAGAGCUCAAGCAGCGGCCCUCGAGUUUCGACGUGGACUCCAUGAAGAGUUCCGGUGUGGGCACUGAGUGCAGCGAUCCGGAGCUCGACCUUGAUAGUGAUCUUCUGCAGCAGUUUAUCCAGCUGUCUGAGUCCAUCCAGCAGAUUGAACUGCACCACCAUUCUGGCUGCAGUCGUCUCUUUAAAGCCAUCAAUCUGGAACAGGAUCAAAACGCGACUGGCGUUAAGCUUUGCCUUGAGUCUGCAGAGUAUAUAGAGAGUGACACUCGCCAGCUAGAUACAUCCGACUCCGUAUGCCUCAAAGGUUCUUUCAAGCGACACAGGUUCCAGAUUGUGCGACUAAGUCAGGAACAGGUGGAUAUGGAAGAAGAGAAAGGGCUUCGCAAUGUAAUUACCCAAUUAGAGCAGGAAGUCAAAGAUAAAAUGACGCUGAUAGGUGACGCGGAAGCAACUAUUAAUGAGAUGCGCGAGGAGAUGAUCAGCCUGGAAUCUGACCUUUUGGAUAAGAGUAUCAUAGUGAACAAGGUGGACGACUACCACCGCCAGAUCGAAUCUCUGGAGAAACAGAAUGCGGAAAUGUCGAUUGUUUACAAGGAACUGCAGGCUACGGUAUCCAGGCAAAGCUCUAUGAACGAGAGUUCGCUCGAAAUUUCGCCUGACGAUGAAACGCUAAUAGCCUGUCCUCCAUCUCCCAAUAACAAAGAUCUCGAAUCGCAGGAAGUCAUAACACUUAAGGCAUCCCUUGCUGAACUGAGAACCAAGGUGUGUGAUCUGCAGUCCGAGCUGGAAAGUCAAUUAAAGCAGAUGCAGCUGAGGGACAGUAAAAUUGCCAAGCUGCAGACGGAUAUAGAAGAAAUGGGCGAGCGCUGCUUAUCAAUGGAGCUUAAGGUUGCAGAGUUGGAAGAAGAAGGCCACCAAAAGCAGGAAUUACUAGAUCGCCAGGCGCAGAAGCUGUCCGAUGACCUACGCAUCAUCGACCAGCUGCAGGAGAGAAAUGCGACUCUCGUUGACCGCAGCAUCAAAGCUGAGGAAUCUCUGAAACUGGAGAGGACGAAACAGGAGCAGACAAUCGUUUCCUUCGAAUAUGAAAAACAAAUCCAGGAGCUCAGUGAAUCAUUAAAGAGGGCCAAAGAAAAUGUAUGUAUUCUAGAGAAGAAAAAGACGGAUGAUAUUAAUGCAAUACAGCUGGAGUAUAUGGUGAAGAUGGAGACGAGCGAGAACGAGAAUCGCACCAAGUUCCGCGCGUACAGCCUGGAGUUGGAGGAGAGUAAGGAUCACUAUGAGAGCAGUGUUGCCGCUCUGAAGGAUCAGCUAUCGAAGGCCGGGGAGGAGCUCUCCAGUGUUACAACUCGUUGUCAGGCGGAAUUGGAAGGGAUUAAAGUUACUCUUCAAGAAAAGAUUACUCAGGCCGAGGAGGAAAGGAACAAACUGACUACGAAGCACCAGGCGGAGCUCGAAAAAAUAAAAGAACUCCUAAAGGAAAAACUGGCUGCGGCCGAAGUGAAACAGGCCAAGAUUGAAGCUGAUUACAAGGCGGAAAUUAGCGAUGUGCGAGUCACAUUGAAGGAGCAGCUAAGUCAAGCGGAGGAAGAGCGAGAAAAGGCAUGUUUAAAGCUUGACGAGCUGAUAAAAACUCUAGAGGAAAUGGAGUGUCAGAGAAGCGCAAUGAAAGAUACAAUUGCUGAGCUGGAGGAAGCGAAACAUGAUCGGGAAAUUGCCUUCGAUAAAUUGAAAAUCGAGAAAAUUAAACUCGAGAAGAUGUACGACAAGUCCCAGGAACAGCUACAAAGGCAAUUUCGCACUCGAGAUCAGAAUAGCAUGGAGGCACAGGCACAAAGUGAACGACUUGAUGGGCUACUGGCCUCGUCGAAUGAGAAGAUCACUGAACUCCAGGAAAAGUGCGAGCAGCAGGUUUUGGAAUUGGAUAAAUUGAGGCAGGACAAGAUUGCCUUGGAGACUGAGAUUCAGAAGGUCACUGCAGAGCACUCGAGCACCCUGACGAAGCUUCAGGAACUUAAAUCGGAAACGGAUACUCUAAACAGUAAGAUGCUGGAGAAGUCUCAUUUAGAGGACAAGCUUGAGACUUUCACGGCCAAGAUAAGCGACCUCGAAGAAGCGCUGCAUGGUGCGAAAGUCAAACUUCUUGCCAAUGACGAUCUGGUUUCCCAGCACGAUCGGCUGAAAAUCUGUCUUUCCGAGGCAAAUGUAUUGUCGUCCAAUACGCAAAAGAAGGUGGAUCGCCUGCAUUUGGAACUGCUUACUUUGCAGGACGGAAUCGCUACUCGAGAUGUAGAAAUGGAGCAGCUUCGCUCGGAACUGAAGUCCGCCCUGGAUGCAAAGGCUACUGCAAGCACGGAACAACAAGUUCUGGUAACGCAGCUCAAAGAAAUCGAGGAGAAGAUGUCAACCCAGGCAGAAAAGUUCAAACGCGAGAUGGCCGAUCUCAAGGGUUCAAUGAACGAGCUGCAGCUGAAACUUAAAUCCCUGCAAGAAACAAAAGAUAAUCUUGAGGCUGGAAAUGAGGAUCUUAAACUAAAGCUAACAAACUGCCACAAUCUAGAGAACAUGCUAAAAGAGGAGCAAUCGCUAAGUGCCUCCCUAAGAGAAAGUAUAGACAAACUGGAACGAUCCAAAAAUAACCUCGAAGAGCAAAUACGAACCAAGGAAGCAGAAGUGGAUCAAAGAUUCAUGGAGUUGAGGCGGGAAGUGGAGCUAGGUCGAAAUAAUACCGGAGAAUUGGCCAAGGAGUGCGAAAAGCUGCACUCGGAUCUGGAAACCAAAACUGAUAACUUCCAGAGAGAAAAAAAAAACUUGGACUCAGUUAUAUUAGCUCUGCAAAACGAUAAACAACAGCUGGAGGAAAAGCUUACCAUUCUUAUAAAGAAGGAUGAAGCUAAUGCUGGACUGAAGGCUCAAUUGACAUCCACCAAGGUAGAACUUACAUCUCAGCAAGAAGCCUCGACUAAUCUCAAAUUAGCUAUGGAAGCGGCCAAUAAUAAAAGUCUCGAAAUGGGUCAGAAGUUUAACGAUCUCUCAGGGGAAUGCGAAAAGCUACGAUCCGAUCUGCAAUUCAAAGAGUCUUGUUUCUUAAUGGAAAAGGAUAAGUUAGACGGCACUAUUUCUGAUUUAUUGAAAAACAAGCACAUCCUGGAGAAAAAUCUUAGUGCGCUAAACGAGAAACACACAAAGGAAUGCGAAAAACUGCGACUAGCUCUGUUGAAAGCCGAUGAGGCAGCAUUUGCAUCUCUUCAAGAGUCUUCGAAUAAGCACCAACUAGCCAUGAGAGCGGCCAAUAAAAAAAGCCUUGAAAUGGGGCAAAAGGUUGAUGAACUCACAAAAGAAUCGGAGAAGCUACGAUCAACCCUGAAAUCUAAGGAAACCAGUUUUCGAACGAAGAAGGAGCGCAUGGACGGCACCAUUUGCAGUCUAUUGGAAGACAAGCGCAAUCUCGAGGAAAAGCUGUGCUCGCUCAGCGAGAUGACGACUAAGCUUGAGUUUGAACUGGCGGCUUUGCAGGCGCCUAAAGUGAACGUGAACUUUGUGUCGAGUCCGCCCAACGGAUCGUCGACUUCUGCAACUGAUUUGGCCGCCAAGAAACCCCUAGAUCGCAACGCUAGUACCAGUGUGGCAAAGAAAUCGGCCAGCAUAGAGUCCACAGUGCGAAAGAAUCGACGGAUCACGGCUUAUGAUGAGCACCGAAAGCAGUCGUGCUGGAACGACUUUAGGGAUGGCGGUACUAUGACCGAAUCCAUGGACAACAAUUGCAAUUGUGCUGAGCCGAGCUGCAAACACAGACUGAAUCAGGACUGGAGACAAUCCUAAGAAAGACAAACAUUGAGUUAAAAGAUGAUCAUCGCAUCAGCAAGUUGAAGAUAACAGUGAAGCAACCCAAGAUCAAUAUAAGUUCCCUUACAAAUGCCACUUAAGAUGCAAUGCAAAUCACAAAAAAGAGGGAAAUCGCAACUCUGCGAGAAAAAUACGAGUACAAUAGGGGGAUCGUGCAGCUCCGUAAUAAAUAAUAGAGUGAUCCGGAAAGCAGCCAAAUAAGUCACUUAGGAAGUUAUUCAAGUAUUAAGUUAUAUUGUUAAGUGUUAUCCUGUCAAGGGUGGAGUUUAAAUUUAUAAUUCUUUAUUUCUGUUUAUGUUCUUUUUUAUAUGUUAAGUAUCUGUCAUUAGUCGCUAUUAAAAAUUAUCUGAACAAAAGUGAUCAACAAAUUCUGUAUUCGCCAUUAGAUUUAUAAGUCAGUUCGAAAGCGAUUAUUACUUGGAAGACUUAAACGGCAGUCUUUAUUAAAUAAGGCAUUGUAAUUAAUAGCAAUAUUAAUUUAUUUUAAUGGUAAAUCAUUGAUUAAACAACGAAUUUAUAAAAUUUUUGGUUUGCUUUUUUCCUUAAGCUCAAGACUGUUAUCCGUAAUUCUGUAUGGUUCGAGCUUGGAACUAUUUUGAUAUUAAAUAAAUACAGCUUACAUACAUAAAAAUGUAUCAUAAGUUUAUA